CCACCGUUGCAGACAAUUUACGAAUGAUUUACAUCAAUUGUCAGCAACCAAAGAGAACAAGGAAGGAGGAAGGGGGAGCGCCACAGAGCAACGGGCUGACGGGCUGCCACGCACGCACGCACCAUGCUGAUGGGUGUUGGCGGUGGCAGUGGCACUGGUGGAGGCGGUGUGCGGGUGAACAGGCUCGCUGGCGUGCUUGCAGCAGCGACUGUGUUGGUGGUUUGGCUGUGGAUGCAAGUGCUGGGGCAAGGCAGUGCACCGGUGACCCGGCCCAACUCGGUUGUGGUUGUGGUGCCACCUGCCGAUCUGGGCGUGGAUCACCUCUCUCACGUGCAGCCGGUGCAGAUGGAGAACAUCGCCGUGGCCCCUGGUGACGACGGCCAGAUGCGGGAACAGCACGAAGAUCAACGAAGAAUACACGCCCAGUACGGGGACCAACAGGGACAAAGAUUACAUGAGCAGGGGCAGUCAGAAGAUGCCCAGCGUGGUGGAGCACAAGGAAUCAAUACACAGGAGCACCCCGUGGAGAGAAUAGGGGGCAAUGCAGAAGCAGGACACGGAGAGACCAACACCCAUAAUGGAGGCAACACAGGUGGAGUGACUGGGGCAGCGAAUACCGUGGAUGCUGCAGCUGUCGAAGAGGUGUUGUUUGUGAUGGUGUCGAAGAAACACAAGCACCUGGCGGCGUUCCUGCGGUCCUUGGAGCGAAGCGACUGGCCAAAGAACAUGGUGAUUGUGUUCUCGCACGACUUUCACAAUUCCAGCACCGUUGCCCUGACGCGCGAGGCCAAGGCAGUGUUUCCGAACAGCGAACAGUGGCUGCACCCGUUUGCAUGCUCGCAGUCGGAUCCGGCCGGCCCCGCCCGCGGGUUCCCGCGCUUCACCCCCACAGGCGCCGAGAUUGACGACUGGCAAGGCAGCUGCGUCAAGAACCACUGGUGGUGGGCAGCCAACAAGAUCUGGGGCUCGUAUUCGAACCUGCGCAUCAUGUACUACCUGGAAGAGGAUUUCCUCGUGUCUGCGCAUGCGUACAGCGCUGCCACGAUCAUGCGACGGCAAGCGGAGGCUGGCGACAUGCUGGGGUUCAUGCUGGAGUGUCGUCGCAACCUGUGGACGGUAUCCGGUGCCAUGCUGCGGCGCGCGUGGCUUGAUAUCCACAGCAAUGCCGACUUCUUCUGCCACUUUAACGAAUACAACUGGGAUCUCUCUGUGAAGCAAGCCCUCAUCCGCUUUGCAUCAGAGCCAUCGCACCGCAUGUACAUAUGCGCACCGCGACGGUUUGCUCAGCACACGGGCGACAUUGGGCAGGGCCUCACGCGGGGCAAGGAUGUGGGCGGCGAUGAGGAGGAGGAUCGACUGAUACGGGAGCUUGAGACAUCGUUCUACGCAAAGACAGACACGCAGACGCUGAGCGAGCACGCAGCCACAACGCGGGUGGAGAAGCUGUCACGGCAGCACAAGGGCUUCAAGGGGUUUGCAGACAUGCGCUACCAGCACCACUGCAUGCACGUUGCCAGCUACUACGAUGGCCGUGGCCGUGGCGAGGGUGAUGAUGACGAGGGGAGUGAUGCAUGGAUAGCUCGCUUCGUACAAGAGACCCUGUCACUGUCGCCGGAAUAAACACAGCCAUAUCUAGGCGUGUGUGUGCGUGCGUGCGUGCGUGCGUGUGUGUGUGUGCGCGUGUGUGCAUGUCAUGUGUGCACCUUCGGUAUGCUUGGGAGGACUGUGUCCAUGAUGUCAUGUCAAUGAAUGUCCAACCGGUGGUGUAUUCGGGUUGGGGAAUUGCAAAAGGCACAUAUGACACACACACACACAUAUACAAAUAUGAAG